CGCGCUUUUGGCAGGUUAUCCGACGUGUCAGGCGGCCACGUGUAAGGGCGUCUGAAGCCGGGGGGCAGGAAGAAGGGCAGCGCGACCUAUGAAGGCUUCUAUUCGAUGGACAGCUCAACGUGCGGCAGCUGUUCUGGACUCCGUUCCAGGAUCAAAACUUGGAAGGGGUUCGAUCUCGAGUUCAGUCCGAGGAACGCAGUUGAGCGCCGGCACAAGCCGGGGGGGGGGAGGGAGCUUGGCGGGACGGGGUAAGAGAGAUGUCGGGGUCGGUCCUCCAUCAGCACUUUCGCCAUCAUCGUCAUUAUCCUCAUCGUCGUCCUCGUCUGUGGAGGAGGCAACGUUCGUUGACCGGCAUCAUGGGACCAGUCGCGGGAAGCGUGCGAUUAAAACGCUGGGUUUGGCAAGGAGAGGGGUAGGCGUACAUGGUGGUGUCACGUGUCAACUGCCGAGGAGGGUAGCCAAUUCCACUUGUUUGAUGGACGAAGCUAGAGGUAAUGAUGGCCUUUGGACGUCCAUACCUAGCUCUCUGGCGGCGCAGACGUUGCGUCGCUCGUACAGAAACUGGGCCACGUGUCAUUACACGGCUGAUUGCGCUCUCCCGGCGGCGGCGGCGUCUGAAAGAAGGCUUGGCGGGUCGGGACCGCGUGGUGUGCCGCUCUGCCACGUGUCCAGCUACUGCCGCGCAAGCACUACCCGAUCCCACGCAGCGACGUCCGCCACGUCAGCCACCGAAGCGAUCGAAGCCGAUCACUCCAACAACGUCCCCGUCGAGGAGGGCUCGGAGGCGGCGCUCAGCGCCUCGUCGUCCGCUGCCUCCUCGGCGGUCGAUCGGCCCACGUGGCACGCUCACAUUGAUUUCAAGUACGUCCGGGACAAGCGGGACAAAGUGCUGGCCAAUGUGCGCGCAAGGGACUCCACGGCAGACGUGGACAAGGUCGUCGCUCUGUAUGAAGAGUUCUCGAGUAAGACCCAGGUCAUUAAUGAGCUGCGGCAGCAGCGAAAUGCGGUGGCCAAUGAGAUGAAGACGAUCCAGGAAGAGGGGAAGAGACUUGAGCUGGUCGAGCAAGGAAAGCUGCUCAAGGAUCAGCUUGCAGCGCUGGAGGCAGAACUGUCAAAGAUAACGGACGACUUGCAACGGGAAGGCCAGAAAAUACCCAACAGUACACAUCCUGAGGUUCCCCCCGGUGGAGAAGGUUGUGCUACGCUGAGACGAAUGGUUGGGUUGAAGCCGGAUUUCCAAUUCAAGCCGAAGGACCACGUGGAACUGGCAAAGGAGCUCGACUUGAUUGACUUCGACUCAGCCGCAGAGGUCAGCGGACAGAAGUUUUACUACCUGAAAAAUGAAGCGGUUCUCUUGGAGGCGGCGCUGAUAAAUUGGUCCAUGUCGCACCUCGUUGGGAGGGGGUUCACCCCUCUGAGUACACCUGAUUUGGUGCGAUCGGCAGUCGUCGAGAAGUGCGGAUUUCAACCUCGAGCGAGCAACACGCAGGUGUAUUCAGUGGAGGGCAUGGAUCUGUGUCUGGCGGGGACAGCGGAAAUCCCAGUGGGGGGAAUGUUCAUGGACAAGAUAUUGUCAGAUGCGGAGCUGCCUCUGAAGCUGGUAGCCUUUUCCCACUGCUUCCGCACAGAAGCAGGGGCUCCUGGUGCAGCCAGCAGGGGUCUUUACCGCGUACACCAGUUCAGCAAAGCAGAGAUGUUCGCGAUAUGCCGGCCGGAAGAGAGCGAGGAGAUGCAUGAGGAGCUGAUUACAAUAGAAGAGGAGAUGUUCACGUCUCUCGGCCUCCACUUCAAAACCCUUGACAUGCCUUCUGAGGAUCUUGGUGCCCCAGCCUAUCGCAAGUUUGAUGUGGAGGCAUGGAUGCCAGGGCUUUGCAGAUAUGGAGAGAUCUCCAGCGCUUCCAACUGUACUGAUUACCAGGCUCGGCGGCUCAACAUCCGUUAUCGCCCUGCUGUCGUAGACAGCACCCUCGAGGAGCCUCUUUCAGAAGCCACAGUUGAAGGACAAGCUCAACCUGCUGAUGAUGCAAACAACAGCGGUAGCAGCAGCAGCAGCAACAGCAAAAAAAGAAGCCCAAAGAAGAAGUCAGCCCGUCGGUUGAGCCCGCGGUUUGUACACACUCUUAAUGCUACGGCGUGUGCUGUUCCCAGGAUGAUUAUAGCUAUUUUAGAGACGUUCCAGCAAGAAGACGGCUCUGUGCUGAUUCCAGAACCACUGCAUCCUUACAUGGGUGGCCGGACAAUCAUCAGGCCCAAGGCAGAAGGAAGAGGAGGAAGCCGGUGAACGUGAUUGCUGUUAGAAGAAGGAGAAGAAGAAGAAGAAGAAGAAGAAGAGAGAACGGGAAGGUUGUUGUUGAGCAAGUUUUCUGGGGGGAGACUAAGAUUUGCUGUCCCACGGCGUAUGAUCAUUAACGACUGGCUGGGUCUUGGGCACUGCCACGGCUCAUGGGAUGAACUGCUGCAACGCCCCUUGAGACUCAUGGGAUCAACCGCUCUUACUGACUGCAGGAUCAUGAGAUGAACGGCAUCCGUGGAAUGGCCAGGGUCUUGUUUUUGUUUUUUGUUUUUUGUUUUUUGUUUUUUGUUUUUUGUUUUUGUUUUUUGUUUACCCCCUUCUUCUUCAUUUAGAUGACCCCAUUGUAUUUGCAAUGACCCUCACAAAUCGCUGUCUGAGAUUUCGGCAAUGUCCGAGAAAAUGCUGUCUUUUGAUCUGUUUUCUGAGAAUCCCAAGCCUCAGUAUGUUCUGCUGCCAUUCGCUGUGCUUUCUAAGUAUGCAUGUAUGUGGUCUUACGGCUAACGUGUUCUCUGUGGUGUGCCUGCGCUGAGUGCAAUUCUGGGUCCGUGGUGUGCCUGCCUAACUCUGUGGUUGUGGUUUGUGACUGUGCCUCGGGGACAAGGACAGGCUAGCAGUAAGAGGGAAACGACCAGGGGCAGGACGGAAAAGUAUGUGUGUCGUCUACUGCUAACGUGUGUCUGCGGUGUGGCUGCCUGAGUCCAAGAAAGUACCCCCGCUGGCCCUAGCCAGCGACUAAUUCUGGAUCUGUGUGCCAACUCUGUGGCUAUGUUGUGUGGCUGUGCGUUGGACAAGGACAGGGUAGUAGUAGUAAUAGGGAAAUAACCAGGGGCAGGAUGGAAAGUUUGCGGAAGGACAAAAAAUUGGGGGUAGUGUAGAGCACAGGGACAUGAGUAGAAUUUGUUAGAGGCGCUGUAGGGGAUUGGGCCUGGAAGGGGGCCGUUAGAUUUCCAGCAGGGUCCAGGGCCGGAAUGUAGGCCGGUAGAAGUCUAGGUUCAGGGUCUGUGGAUAGAUAUCAGUUUGCAAUGUGAUGUUUCUGGCAAAAGGAGGGAACACCCCCUAAGACCUACACGUAGUGCAUCCAAGGAAGGCCCGACAGAGGCAGGAAGUGCCCGACCAAGAGGGAAUGGACGCCAGGCGGUCAUAUGUAUGUCAUUUGGUGCCAUAAGCGGUCUACUCAUUCACCCCGCAGUCAGGCUGCUGCUCUGCCAAGUGGGAAAAAUGGUGGCGCUCCUGGAGGUUGAAGGUCAAGCUGCAGGGUGAAGAAGAAGGCCGCCAUGGCUAUGGAAGUGGAGCAGGGGGAGGUAGUAGUAGUCCUAUGCCAAGAGGGCGAAGUGGUGGCGCUCCUGGAGGUUGAAGGUGGAGCUGCAGGGUGAAGAAGAAGACCUCCAUGGCUAUGGAAGUGGAGCAGGGAGAGGUAGGAGUAGUCCCUGUCUCUUAUACACAUCUAGAUGUGUAUAAGAGGUAGGAGUAGUCCUAUGCCAAGAGGGGGAAGUGGUGAAGCUCCUGGAGGUUGAAGGUGGAGGUGCAGGGUGAAGGAGAAGACCUCCAUGGCUAUGGAAGUGGAGCAGGGAGAGGUAGGAGUAGUCCUUCGCUAUGGAGGUACGGCUAGAAGGACCUCUAGAUCAGUCUAUGGUGUAGUAGAGGUUGAGGAAGAAGGAAGGAGGUGAUAACCAAGUAGGAGACCCACCUUUGGGUAUGGUGGAUUUGCAUCUACUUCCCCAAGGUGGGUGCUGCAUCAGGGAAGGCCCCUGAAAGGGGUACUAAUUGGGUAUGGAUGGAACAGCAGGCUUGGUGGUGGAUGAUGGAGAGGGCAUGAGAGGCAUUUGCGCUGUCCUUUGAACAUCCGAGGAGACCUUGGAUGUUCCGCCAUAGCCAGUUUCCCAUACCGAGGUGGAUGGAAGGAAGGUGUCAUGGGCUAAAUAAAGGAGGGCUCCUUCC